ACACUUUAAAAAGCUAUGUUACUGAGGAGAGUUGGAAUGUGUUCUGGGAGUGGGUGUGUUUGCUUGAGUUCAGUGUGUGCAGAAAAGGCAAGCCUCCACAGCCAUUUACACAUUUCGCUCCUCAGCGAUGGGUACACAGACAGCCAAGCUCCUGGACUAAGUCUCUGAAUGUGUAUCUGACACUUCCCCUUACUGAGCUCUGGAGGCUCCUUCUUGCUGAGCUCCGGAGGCUCCCAGUGACCUCUUGAUAAUCAGCCUUGGUGGGGCCCAAAUCCCUACCCCUUGGAAAACUCACUGAGCCUGACAUCUGCCUGUAAGCAGCUUUCAGGAAAGAUCUCACAAACGCCCACCCAAUCUCUCUUGGUAGCAAACUGUCAAAUCAUGCCCAUUUCCUCAAAAGAUGGUGGAGGACUUAGCAGCCUCCUAUAUUGCUCUGAAAUUGGAGAAUGAAAUUCUGCAGGCUCAAGUGCGGCGGCUGAUGGAAGAAAAUGCUACCCUCCGGGCCCAGAUCUCAGAGCUUCAGAAAUCCCAAGCAGCCAAGGAGGAUGAUCUACUCCGAAAGUCCUCAGAGGCCAAGGAGCCCCAGAAGCUCCCAGAGCACACGAAUCCCCCAGCAGCCUGGGAGUCCCAAAAGACCCCAGAGUUCAAGGAGCCCCAGAAGCCACCAGAGCCACAGGAGCUUCCACGCUGGGAACCCCCAGCAGCCUGGGAGCUCCAGGAGGCCCCAGCAGCCCCAGAGUCCCUGGAGCCUCCCGCAACCCAGGAGUCCCAGAAACCUCCAAUGGCCCAUGAGAUCCCAGCAGUCUUGGAGGGCCAGGGGUCUGCAGACACCCAGGAUCCCACAUCAGCCCAAGAGCCCGAGAAUUCAGAACCCCAGGAUCCCCCAAAUAUUGAGAAGCCCCAGGAGGCAACAAAAUGCCAGGAGACUGCAGCACAGCUAGAGUUCCGUGAGCUUCCAACUCCCCAGGAUCUUCUGGAGCCUUCAAAUGCCCAGGAAUUCCUAGAACUCUCAGCAACCCAGGAGUCCCUGGAGAGUCUAAUAGUUGUGGAGACAUUGGCAGCUCCAGAGUUUCCACAGGCCCCUAUUGGGUUAGAGGCUACAGCUUUCCCCCUGGAAUACCCUUUAACUUUCAAUGGAGAUUCCCAGAAGCUUCCCGAGUUCCUGGUUCAACUGAAUAGUUACAUGAGAGUCAAAGGGCACCUGUGUACCACUGAGGCAGCCCUGGUGAGCUUUGUUGGCAAUUGCUUCUCAGAUAAGGCAGGAUGGUGGUUCCAGCUCUUACUGGAUAUCCAAAGCCCCUUACCGGGUCAAUGUGAAAAUUUCAUACAUGUGCUCCAGGAUACUUUUGAUAAUCCCGAAAACAUGGAAGAUGCCAACCAGUGCAUCCGUCAACUCUGCCAAGGGGAGGGUCAUGUAACAACCCACUUCCACCUUGUUGCUCAAGAGCUGAACUGGGAUGAAAACAUUCUCUGCAUUCAAUUUCAAGAAGGGCUUUCCAGUUCUAUACGAGAUUAACUGUUUCACACAAGCCCAGCCACCAACCUAUCUGAUCUCAUCACUCAGUGCAUCAGCCUAGAAGAGAAGCCUGAUCCCAAUCCAUUAGGGAAAAGCUCCUCUGCAGAGGGAGAUGGGCCUGAGAGUCCACCAGAUGAAAACCAACCUAUGCAAGCUGCAAUCAACUGUCCACACAACAGUGAAGCUGAAUGGGCCCAUUGGCGCAAAGGCCACUUAUGCCUCUACUGUGGUUAUCCUGGUCAUUUUGCCAGAGAUUGCCCUGUCAAGUCUCAUCAAGCCCUGCAGGCAGGAAACUUUGAGGCCUGCCAGUAAGGGGGACCCCAGGAGGGCCAAUCUACAAAUAUGCGUCCCCCUCUCUUCCAAUAUCGAUGUCUCAUACACUAUGGCUUACUGUUGAAAUCCGACUGAGCUCUGAAAGGAAGACAACAAUUCUUUGAGCAAGCAAUGGUAGAUUCAGGCUCCUACAGAAACAGCAUUGAUCAGGCUGUGGUUCUUCUAGAGAAGCUGCCCAUCGCAGUAAUAUCUUCUCUCUGAUGCUGGAAACUGUCGACGGCCGUCCACUUAUUAAUGGGCCCAUAAAUAAGGAAACAUCACCUGUCAAAGUUAAAAUUGGAAACCAUGUAGUAGAGCUCCAGUUUGACAUUAUUCAUGCACCACAAUAUCCUCUGAAUCUUGGAAUCUAUUGGCUUGAGACACAUGACCCAAACGUAGAAUGGAGUACCUGCCUUGUGGCCUUUCCAUCACGUUAUUGCUUUGCUUUGCUACAAUUGCUACAAUUGCUACAUUCCUAUGCUUUGCUACAAUUACUUCAAGCACAGGUGGAAUAGAAGAAAUCUUGAUGAAAUAAUUGCUGGCUAGAUCCUGCGUCCUAGUGAUUGUUCCUGGCACCCUGUCUUCUGUUACCUCAGCUGUCAUCAGCAUUUACUGCUCCCUGAAUAUUCUACUGAACCUCUUGCUGUGUACUAAGGCUACCUGUACAACGACUCUGCCUCUUAGAUGAUAGACUGAACCUGAUGACUUUGAGCUGCUUUUUUUUUCACUAACUCUGCAUGCCUCUAUCUCAGAACCCUGCAUUCUGCGUAACUGUUUAAAUUACAAUUUAUACUAACAAUACACAUGAGAAUAGAUGUUAGAAACUAAUAAUGAAAAAGCGUAGCUGUUAAAGUGACUUGAUUUUUUUCUUAUCAAUAUUUUCUUUAUCAUAAAAUUGCAACAUCUUUUACACAAAGAAAAUAAGUUUGUAAGUGAUAUUUUUUAAAGAAUCAAUAAAUAUUAGCA